AUGCAUGUCUAUACAUUUCUCAGCGCUGGUAUGACUAUUGCAGCUACUUUUGCCGCCAUGAUCCCCGAGACCGCCAUGAUCCCCGAGACCGCUGUUGAUACCAAAGAAACACCCAGUCUUCCUUCUAUUCUCUCUAUAAUUCCGCUACAAAACCUAACUCAGGAUGAUGUCAUUGUCUACGGCCUUCAGAAUCAAGUUAAAGUCAUCUCCCGCAGCGAGCUUCAGUCAAUCAUGGGCGAUAUUCCGAUAGCAACCGAGGAGCAGCACAACAAAGACUUUUCCACCGUUGUCUCCGAAUCUACGGAAACUGAGCCAAGUCGAACUAUUACAAAGCGCUGCUCGAAAGAAACAGUCUGGUCCAUGAACCCUGUCGAGGUCUUCCUGAACUGGGAUGUGCCCGUAUCUAAUGUUGUACUCGCGCCACCUAUGAAUAGCGUUUCUUUGAAUAUAAAUCAGGGGUUCUCUAUCGGGAACAGUGUAAAGACUUCCCUUUCCACCAACAUUAAGGCUAUCAAAAAAUUUCUCUCCAGCAGCUUUUCGGUGGGCUUUUCGAAGCAAUGGACCACGGCAUACUCGGCAGGCUACAGGUUCAGCAUUCCCCCAGGUAAAUAUGGUGUGAUUGUUAGCAAUCCCUUGACGACACGUCACUCGGGGUUCAUGGACGUGGGCUGUAUAGGCCAAGCCGAACGGACCGAGUUUUUCAGUGAUACUUAUCAGGGCAAGGAUUUUUCGGAUAUGAGCUGGGUAGAGGGUGUGAUUGGGCUAUGUGUGAGUGACACGUAUCCGGUGAAACGAUGUUUAGGAAGUGGUACGAUGCAAUAG